AUGCCUGAUACAGUCAAUCCAGCAAAACCAAUUUUCGAACCGAAAAGCUCAAUUUAUUCUUUCAGAUUCCCAUUGACGCGAAAUUACAUAUUCUGUCACGUCCUCUUCGUCCAAAUACCACACACCGACAAGAGAAAAUCAAUACAAAAGUCACUCAUUUUACUUACCAAAAACAAAGAAACGAAACCAUAUCAAUCAAUUUUACACAACGUGAAAUCAACAUUUUUGGCAGAGGAUAUGGACAACCAAAUUUUGGUGACAACACUGUACCUCAAAUUUUCAUCAUUCCCAAAGUAUCAGAGAGACGGAAAUUUUUCACUCAAAUUUUAUUCGAAGAGAUUUGAUCUUGCAGUGACAUCGUGGAACACCUUCCCGUCGUUUUUAAGAAAACACCUAUCGAGUCUGCGUUCUUUGUGGGCUUCUUUGUUAAUGGGAGAGUCCAUUGUGAUGUACUCGGAGGAUGUGACUGAAGUUACAGAAGCUGUCGAGUACUUGAGCAGUAUCAUAUCUCCACUUGAAUAUUGUGGCGAGAUUCGGCCCUACGUUACGAUGAAUGAUGACAUUAUUAAAAAGGAUAAGGCAAUUUUAGUUGGGACAACAAAUCAAAUGGUGAAAGAUGUUAUCAAGAAAAACGCGAAGAAGGUCAACACGCUCGAUAUCAACGGAGGGGAGUGCAUUCAUCACAUCGUCGAUAACCGGUUUUUGAAGGUGAUACAAAUGAACGACUUGACCGCUGGUGUGGAAGUUAUGAAGGAGUUUUCCCGAAACAUGAUCGAGUUUUUGACAAUAUUUGAUGGCUUCUUCUUGAAGAAGGCACCUAAAAUGAAAAGUCUUGAGGACCAAUGGAACAGCAUUGAAUAUAACGAGGAAGAGGUGUGGAGGUAUAUCAAAGGACUCAAGUUUCCGAGUGGGAAAGAAAUGGUGUAUAAAGAGUUUAUUAAAACGUCGAGUUUUGCAAAAUAUGCGACGGACAAAAUGGAGAAGUUUGAGGCAGCGGGUGUUGAUAAUUUGACACAGCUGUUCAACGGGUUUGAUAUGAAGCAGUACACGAACGAACAAAUUGCAAAGAUUUCUAUCAAUCUGUUCUCACUUUCGAAAAGCCCGAUUUUGUACGUCGAGGAGAACGCCAAGAAGUUGAUGGACACAAUCGUCGAGGCAAAGAGCAACUGA